AUGCUGGAAUGGAUUGUUACAAUUUGCAUCCUAACAGCAGUGGUCUUAUUCUGGCCAGUGACAAUGUACUUCGCAUCCAGCAGCCAGUCGCCCGGGCUGCUCAGCGGAUUAGGGAGGCGAAUUUCUCGAUGCCAAAUAAAGCGGCCGGACAGGUGCGUCUCCGACUCCACGGCGGUCCCAACAGCGACGAUAGCUGCAAUGGGCGAAGCAGAGACUGUCGCUCUGAUAUGCAAGCCCUCUGCUCUGGCGAAGUACCUGCACAAGCACUGCGUGACGUUCUGUAAUUUUGCAGCCGCCUCGAGAUGGGACUGGCGCGCAAACCCGUUCCUGCAGACAGUUUUGGGCGCCUGCUGGCCGUCUGAGAGCGCUGUCCACUUCGUGCGGGAUCACCUGCAGAUGAGCGACAGCGGUCUCGUAGCUCUGGACUGGGCAGUGGCGGGCUCGGCGCCUCACAAGCGGAGGAGGACAUCGAGUAAUUCCACGAGCCCAGUGCUCCUGAUCAUCCCGAAUUCCUUCGGGAAAAUCACCUGGAAUGUGCUAAAGCUGUGUGAUGUGGCUCUGAGUCACGGCUACGUCCCCGUGGUCUUCAAUCGCCGUGGGCAGAACGGCACGCCCCUCAGCACGCCCAGGCUGCAGCAGUUCGGAGACCCGGCGGACCUGCGGGAAGCGGUGCGGUACAUCCGGUACCGGCGGCCUGUGGGCCGGCUCUAUGCGGUCAGCGAGGGCACGGGAUCAGGGCUGCUGCUGUCCUACCUGGGGGAGUGCGGCUCCUCCAGCUACCUGACAGCCGCCGCCUGCCUCUCACCGGUGUUCCGCUGCCAGGGCUGGUUCGAGAGCUCCCCCUGCUGGCCCUUCCACUGGGUCCUGUUGCUCUACCAGAAGGCCUGCCUUAGCAGGUACAGGACAGCGCUGGAGGAGGCCACGUACACGGACUCCCUGUUCUCCUGCAGUUCUCUAAGGAGCCUGGAGGAGGCGCUGUUCUGCCUGCCAUCGGGCAGAGAAGGGGGCGGAGCCGGGUGCAGCUGGGAGGAGUACUGGGAGCGUAACGACCCCCUGCGUGACGUGGAUGAGGUGGCGGUGCCCGUGCUGUGCGUGUGCAGCCGUGACGACCCGGUGCGGGGCGAACCGAGCAUCACCCUGCCCUUGGAGCUGUUCGAGAGCAACCCCCACUUCUUCCUGCUGCUGACAGGGCGUGGCGGGCAUUGUGGCUUCUUCACGCCCGGUGAGGGAGAGGGCGGGGUACCGUGGAGCCACCGUGCCCUGCUGGAGUUCUUCCGCGGCACCACGGAUUUCUUUGCUGGCGAGGAGCGUGCCCAGCUGGCUGCCCGCCGGCGGGGCCUCAGGGGCGGGGUCAGUGCUGUCACCAUCGGCAACGCCAGGGGGUUUCGACACCGUAGCAUUAGCACCUGCAAGAGGCUUCCGGCCUGCUCACACAGCAUCCACGCCAUUUACAGCUGGCAAAGGUCCUACACCCGGUAACCCUGCGACCCUUGAGGCAACCUUGAACCAGGUGACCCUACUCUGGACAGUGCAGGGUCUGAACCAGGUGAGACAGUGCCGGUUCUGAACCAGGUGACCCUGCUCCAGACAGCGCAGGUUCUGAACCAGGUGACCCUGCCACAGAUGGCACAACAGUGAAGAGUGGAAGUGGACCACGCUGGUGCUGGAUUACAGCCCCCAAAGCCUGCAUAGUGGGUGUAGCCCAAUCCGUCCACAGUGUCUGAUUGGACAGGCUGUAUGAAUUAUCAUUUGAAUAGUGAUCUGAAGAGGCAACUUCUUCAACCCUGAUUUAGACAUUUACGUAUUUAAUGUGGACACGUUCCAGACCUCCCAUUUUUAAACUGAAUGAGGCUCUCCAGGGUCUAAAGAAUGCUGAAUAACUGCACAUCCAGAGAUCACAGCCUUGUACCUUAUAUACACACACCUAAAUAGUGACAAUAUAUAACACACACCCUGAAGUGCCUCAUUACUUAUUUAGCCUUUUAUGAUACCCACCUGUCCAGUUUUCAGAAAGCUCAAUGGUUCUGUAUGACAGAGUAUACUGUGGAUCAGAGGUCAAUCCAGCCUUAUCAUAUGAUUUAGCUAGGCGUUCCCCUGGACG